CUCGAUAUGAAAAAAAAAAUCAACAUUUGUAUAGACUAUAAUAAUGUUUUAAAACAGUAUUUGGUUAUGAUUUGAAAUUCUCAUUUAAAGUAAGAUAAAUUGAUUUUGAAUACAUAGUGCCUUCUUUGCCUUGUCACCAUUAGUAAUCAUAUUUGAAAAGUUUUGGUAUGAACAUCGUCCUUAGACCUGUUUAUGAGCUAAGUUAGCGGUUUCUACUACACAAGGAAUGAUUAGAGUUUUAUCUGAAUAUGUUAUCUGUUGUAAAAAUAUUAGGAAACAACAUGAGAUCUGGAUACUGUCCAAGUUUAAAGCCAUUGAUUUUUUACAGAAGCAAUCAAUAUUUGGCUCAUUACAGCCAUAGACAACCUUUGUUGAUAUGCCAACAGUUUCUGUAUACCACAAACAACAAACAUGUGACUUUGAGUAUUCCAAAUACUCUUUUAAAACAUGUGAAAUGCAAUCAAAGAUUUGGACUUUUGAAUUUCAGGCCUAAAUAUUUAUAUAGCACAAAAACCAUAGAACCUACUUUUAAAAAAGUAUCUGAAGUACAGAAGAAGACAAGAUUUAGACUUAUGUCAGGUGGUGAAUUUGGUAAAGUUAUACAACUUGCGAAGCCGGAGAAGUGGAGAAUCGCAGGAGGUGUUUUACUUCUCUUGGUUUCUUCAACUGUCACAAUGAGUGUACCUAUUGCUUUGGGGAAAGUUAUUGACAUAAUAUAUGAUGCUGAUACUGGCCAUAUGCGAGAGAAUCUUAAUAUUAUUUGUGCUGCUUUAUUAGCAGUGUUCAUAGUUGGUGGAUUGUGUAAUUUUGGUCGCGUUUAUCUCAUGAAUAUUUCAGCUCAACGUAUUACCAAAACUCUUAGAGAAAAAGUUUUCAAUUCUAUUCUGAAGCAAGAAGUAGCUUACUUUGACAGGGCCAAAACUGGAGAAUUGAUUAACAGGCUAUCAGCAGACACCUCACUUGUGAGUAGUACCCUUACAACUAAUGUCUCUGACGGUCUUCGGUCUACCAUUAUGGUUUCUGUGGGAAUGUUCAUGAUGUUCUACAUGUCACCAUCAUUAGCAUUAGUUAGCCUUUGUGUUGUACCACCAGUUGCUGGAAUGGCCAUUGUUUAUGGACGGUUUGUUAAAAAGCUUACAACUAAAGUUCAGGAUUCCCUAGCUGAUGCCACACAAGUUGCAGAAGAAAGAAUUGCCAAUAUAAGAACAGUCAAAUCUUUUAGUAAAGAAGCUGUAGAGAUGAAUGCUUAUAAACAGAAAAUGGAAAGAGUUUUGUCUUUAGCAAUGACGGAAUCAUUAGCUAGAGGUGUAUUUUUUGGAAUGGCUGGAUUGAGUGGCAAUCUUAUUGCUCUCAUUGUUCUGUAUGCUGGUGGAAUGAUGGUUUCUUCACAGUCACUGUCAAUAGGUGAUUUGUCUGCUUUUCUCCUGUAUGCAGCUUAUAUUGGAGUAUCCCUUGGAGGAUUGUCCAGUUUUUAUUCAGAACUAAACCGGGGUCUUGGCGCUUCUUCUAGGUUAUGGGAAAUAAUUGAAAGAAAUCCAGAAAUCAGAUGGAGAGGAGGCAUUGAACCUGAGAAAGACAUUAGAGGAGAAAUAUUAUUUAAAGGAGUAAGAUUUUCCUAUCCCACAAGACCUGAUACUCCAGUGCUUAAUGACUUAACUUUGUAUAUUCCUGCAGGAUCUAUUACUUCUGUUGUUGGAAGAUCUGGAUCAGGCAAAUCAACAAUUGGCUUAUUACUUUUAGGCUUGUAUAACCCUAAAGGUGGGGAUAUUACUGUUGAUGGUAUUCGAAUUAGUGAAUAUAGCCCUUUAUGGCUUAGAAACCGUAUUGGUACUGUAUCACAGGAGCCUGUGCUGUUUUCUGGUACUGUUAGAGAGAAUAUUUUAUAUGGAGCUGACAGGAACGCUAUUAUCAGUUCACAUGAUAUAGACAAAGUUCUUAAAGAAGCAAAUGCUUAUGAUUUUGUGCAAAAUCUACCACAGGGAUUAGAUACCAUUGUUGGCGAGCGGGGUAUUAUGCUUUCUGGUGGUCAAAAGCAAAGAAUUGCUAUAGCUCGAGCACUAAUAAAGGACCCGAAGGUUUUACUCUUGGAUGAAGCAACAAGUGCCUUGGAUGCAGAGAGUGAACAUUUGGUUCAAGAAGCUUUGGAACGUAUUCUGAAAGGGAGAACUGUAUUAACUAUUGCUCAUAGACUUUCUACAAUAAAAAAUUCAGAUCAAAUUGCAGUUUUAGAUCAAGGUGUAAUUGUUGAACUUGGGAAUUAUGAAAAAUUGAUAUCGAUUGAUAAUGGAGUUUUCAAAGAAUUGGUAAAACAUCAAACAUUUCAACUGGUCUAAACCGAUUCGGAUUUUGGAUUUUUUUUUAAGUAUUAAUAUUUAUUUUUAAAACAUAGAUGAUAAUUUAUUGCCAGAACAAAUUUUUAGGAUUUGUAUGUGUUAUUUGUAUUUUUGUUAUAAUACAAAGCCCAUCAUUGUUUUACUGUUUGAUUUUAUUAUUUUUGUUAUUUGCUAGUAUUUAAAAAGUUGUAAUCAUAAUUGGUGACAAAGAAAGAAUCUAUUUUUGUAAUUCUAAAUUAGGAAUAAAGUUAGAUGCAAAUAAAAAAUAAAAUAUUAUUGUUAAAGUGUGUACAAUGUAUUAGAUAUUUUACAGAUUAUGUUCUUUUUGGAAAUGUUUCACUUAAUGUCUUCUUCGGUUUUUCUUUUUU